AUGGGAGAGAUCUUUCUACUCCUGGGUUCAGCGUUGGCUGCACCAGCCCCGAGGCCGCAGAACGACUGCGGGUCUCCAGAACAGUCCCCGUGCGCUGUUCCCAUCGGGCCCUGCAACCCUUGUGCCCCAACCGUCAACUACCAGUAUGGACAGGCGCCUUCAGGCACCGUGAUAAUCAAACCCGGUCAGAUUCGCUUCCCGACGCCCGUGCCAAUCACGAUCCGUCCCGGACAGAUAACGCCACCUCAGCCGGGUGCUGUUUGGGUCAAACCGGCACCAGUACAACCGCCGACGCCUGCGCCGAUCGUGAUCAAACCGGCCGCCGUGCAGCCGCCGAACCCCGCGCCUAUAACAGUUAGACCCGCGCCCGUGUACCCGCCCAGGCCUGCUCCAAUCUGCGUGAGACCGCCGCCUAUUUGUCCACCCAGGUCGCCAGCAAUCAAGAUCCAACCCGCCCCGAUCACAGUCCCGCAACCGGAUGCAAUAAUCGUCCGACCGCCCAAGAUAAUAGUGCCGGCUGCGCCGAUCAUCUGCUUCCGCCCAAACCCACCCACAGCUUUCAGAACUGUUGGUUGCGCUUGCGUCACCACCGUUCCAUCUUCAAAACCAUGUCCCCAACUAUCUCUAGAAGACUCCGACCCGUGCAACCCUUGUGCCCCAAUCGAUCCGUGUGCCCCAAAUGACCCGUGCGCCCCGCCUGCAUGUGACCCUAGCAAUCCAUGCGAUCCUUUUGCCCCGCCCGCAUGUGAGCCUUUCAAUCCGUGCAACCAAUGUAACCCAUAUGGUUAA